AUGGAUUUAGAAUUCAGACAAGAAGUCAAAAAGGUGCGUACAGAAGAGCCACCAUCAAGGGUCCUACAUCUACGUGGUUUACCAGCCGAUCUUUCGGAAAAGGAAGUGGCCCAAUUCGGAGUACCUUUUGGCCUCCUCCAGAGUAUGCUUCUGACUAAAAACGGCAAUGCCUUUCUGGAGUUCCAAUCGCAGACAAGCGCCUCAAAGAUGCUUGAAUACUACAACACCUACAACCCUCCAGUAAUUCGCGGACUAGGCCUUCUCGGUGUCCAGUACUCGAAGUACACCGAGCUGAAUACAACUGUUUCAGCCAGCGCCAUGGAAAGUGUACUAUCGGCGAACAGACUGUACGCCACGCUGUCUGCCUCGGAGACCAGUCGGUGCGUACUCCUGGUUCAUAUUGAGCAGGCUCCCACCGUACCCCUGGGCUACAUGCAUUUUUAUAAGAUAUUUCGCCCAUUCGGCGAAAUCCUGAAAAUCGUCACGUUCAAGGCAAGCAACGUACCACAGGCGCUGAUUGAGUUCGCGGAUCCGACCUUUGCUGAUGUUGCAAAACUGGUAUGUCUAUUUUCACUACAAUGUGUGCUAUCUGUUUUGCUGAUCACUAUCCAAUCUUCACUUAUGGGAUUUCAUGGAACAUGUUUUGUGUCUCGUUUGAACUGGCCACCCAAGUCCUUUGUCAGAAAUUAA